UGGCCAAUCAAAAAGUCCUUCAGUAUCACUUGCGUUACAGCUUCUAAUCAGUUUAACCACUAGCUGUACUCAACAGAUGUAACGAUAUCUUGUUAGUGGGGACACAGCUUAGGUGAGUGUUAAAAUGGAGGUUCUUGGCGAUCAAAACAUGGAACAAAAUGUUACUUUGAUCUCAUCAGAAAACAAUAUGGAAGAUGGAGAGAAAGACAGUGAUGUGACAGCGGAAUCGGUUGAAAAAAGCCAAAAUAUGGAAGAAGCAGAAUUAGUCGGGACUGAAAUUGGUACUGCGGAAUCGGAAAGAGAGAAAACCACGGACAACUCUGUCGAGGUUGAAGAAGGUGCUGUCGAGCCAGAAACUACAACAGAAAAGGUGGAAACUAGUGUUGACUUGGAGAGUUUGAGCCAGCCAGAGGAAGAAGAUACCUUAUGUAAAGCUUGUGGGAAACAUAUUCACCCGAUGGAUAAAAUUGUGGCAGACGAAACUGCUUUCCAUAAGAGCUGUUUUUGUUGCAAGGAAUGUGGAAAUUCACUCAACAUAGACAACUACAUAUCCCAUGGGAGAGACAUUUACUGCCAACAUCACUACGAACAGCAUUAUCAGCCUAAAGUGGAUAGUGAAGAGAAACUGGAAGAUGACAGCAAAAAAGGGGAGGUUAGAAAUGUUCACAAUCUUGAUGAAAGAUCUCAGUUUGAAGAUAUUCACCCUGGUUCCACAGAAGAUGAAACUCCCAUAAAAAGGAAAGAGGGGAUUCAAGAUAGGAUGACAAGAUACCAGGCAGCAAUGAGCAAAGAUCAUCAAAAUGAUCAUCAGGCCCCAUCCUCUGAAAAGGAGGAGCAAGCUUCUGCAAGGAUAAACAAUGAUGAGAUCAAACAGUUAUCAAACUUACAAGGAACAGAAAGGUCAUCAUUAAUGCGAGCAGCUUAUGAACAAGCAUGUAAAGAGUCCAGCAGUGUAUCACCAACAUGUGGCGAGUCCAUAGCUUUGGGUCGAGAGAUUAAGGCUGUAAGCAUUAAAGAAAAAUUUGAAAAAGGAGUUCUAGACCAAGAGAGUAAUGAGAAGAUGGAAAAAGUUCGCAGGGAAAAGGAAGAGGACUUAAGCAUUGUUAGUGAAACCAGAGACAGUGUGGCUGGAGCACGAACACUCUUCAAACAGUAUGAUACAGUCAGCACAAAAGCGACUUCUCUUCUUCCUGGCAGGUCUUCCUAUGGAGAGCCAAAGCGGCCCCGUGAACUGAUGUAUGGUGCUAAAACUACUACGGCCAAAGAAGUAGUUAAGUGUAGUGAGCCGGGUGCCAAAGAACAAGUUGAUUUGGAACCAGCCGAACUCCAAGAAAGGUUUAAUUAUUUUGAAAACUACAAGGAAACUAAACCUCAGCUAAAAUCUUUCCCGGCUAAUGAAGAAGUUCCUAGAGAUCCAAAAGUGGUUCGUGCCUCUGAUGUCCAAGAAGAAGUCAUGGGAACAGACACGGCAAAACGGAUGUUGGAUAAAUUUAAACAGUUAGAGAGCCAGAGUGCUGGAUCAUCUACUAAACCUAUGAUAAAAGCCAGCCCUUUAAAAGAAACAGCCAAGGUACCAGAGAAACAGUGGUCCUCACCAGAACCACAGCACAACCCUGACAUUGUUCGCUGCACUUAUAAGGUGGAAGACGAUAUGACGUGGAAAGCCGAUCAAGCCAGGAACCUGAAGGCAAAGUUCGAACAAUGGGAUAAUGAGGUUGAAAGAGAGAACAAGAUAGCUGACGACGAGGGUUUACCAGAGUCCGACACAACUAAAAACUUGCGGGCUAAGUUUGAGGCUAUUCGUGCAGAAAGCAAUAAGACAGUUGAGAAACCUCAGCCCAGGGGAAAAAAGUUUGCAGAGCUUGGGCUGAGAUCAGGUGAAGAAUGUGAUCUCUGUGGAAAGAAACUCUACCCAAUGGAAAAGAUGGAAGCCAGUGGGUUUAAGUUUCACAGAAACUGUUUCCGUUGCUCACACUGCAAGAGCCUGCUCAGGUUAGAUAAUUACACUAUCAACAGCCGUAAGUUUUACUGCACUCCACACUUCAAGCAGUAUUUCAAAUCGAAAGGAAGCUAUGAAGAUGGAUUUAUCAAUAAUGACAAGAAGGAACCAAAUGAGAACAGCAAUGCUUCAGGCUACACGAAUGGUAACACUUGUGAUGUGAAGCAAGUAACGAUGAACCAGGAAGUGGCAGUUUGAACCUCUUGGAAUAAAUCCAGCAAUACAUCCCAGCCACUUUAUUCCUCCAUAUACAGCUAAGAAUUUUGCAGCUUUAGCUUUGGUAUAUCAUUAUCAGGUUACUUAAUAUUAAAUGAUGUAUAUUCCUUAAAAGUAUUUCAAAUGUUUUACGUAACACAUGAUAUUUAAUAUAACAAUUUUAUUUGUUACAGUUUAAGUUUAAAUUUUUUGUAACUGCACAAGUUUUAUAAUUGUAGUAAGUACUUAUUUUCGUAAUAAGAUUUUUUUCUUUUUAAACAACAACAAAAAAAAGACUUAAAAGUAUUUUCUAUUUCCUUCAAUCAACUGAAAGAAAAGAGCAAUUGUUGGUUUUGGUCAAAGUCACACAUCAGUAUCUAUUUAUAAACUUGUAGCUCUUAAGACUAUGUUCUACAUAUCUUAAACACACACACAAUCAGCUCUUGUAAUUAACGUUUCCUGUGAUUUAUGGUAAAAAUAUUCCAGAAAGCAAAGGAAGUCCAUUAUCUAUAUUUCUACCACACUUGACCAAAAUAUGUUGAUUUUGUGUCAAAUAUGCUUUGCUCAGCUUAAUGUAGGUCUGAAGUUUAGUUAUGUACAUAGUAAUAUAUAUCUUUAGCAUUAGUAUUUUGGCUAAAUUAAAGUCUCAAAUGUUGUAACUUGUAAUUUUGUGAGACUGUGUUUAUUAAGGUAAAUGUGCCAAUUAUCUGGUCAGUACUCACGAGCAAUAUGGAUAAUUACUAAAUAACUCUACGGAAAACUGGAAAAUGAGGGAAAAAGGUUGAUAAUUUGUUAUUGCUAUGCACUAAUUUUUCUGCUCUUACGCAAGUGGAUAAUUAAGGAAAAUUUCCAAUCACUUGACUGUUGUCUUUUGUUUAAUCUGUGUUAAUUUUCAAGUUUGUUUCUAGAACAUUAGAAUCCUUUGAAAUAGUGACUGUUUAACAUUGUUUUUUCAUAACUAUAAACAGCAUAUCUUAACAUACACAAUAUCAAACAAAUUGAUUAUGAAUGUUUAACUUGGUGCUUAAUUUUAAAGAUAUUUGUUUGUAAUUUUGUCAUAGAUAAGUUUUUAAAAGAUUCCCGAGGCAUCACGUGAUAGCACUACACCAGUCUAUAAAAGUUUAGAACUUAGGCAUAGUUGCUUUUCAUAAUGGCUUCAACAAACCUAACUUCACCUGAUGCUUUGAAAAUAACUGUGCUUUUUGUACGCUCUUGGAAUUUGUAACAGUGCUUGCUUUUGCAUUUUACGAAGAUGCUGUUCAAUGUAUGAAAAAAAAAGUAGAAAUAAAUAUUUUUCAUUUUAA